AUGGCAGACUCACACCCUAAGAAGACCAAAAAUAUCUCAACAAAUCCAACAUUUCCAGCCUCUCCAUCACAUGAUGCACCCCCACAUAUAACUGUCAGUCCACCACCCCUUGCAACACCACCAGCAAAAGACUCACUACCAUCAACAUCAUCAUCAUCAUUAAAAGCAUCAUCAACAACGGUGACUACUGAGAUUUCUACUAGUGCCCGAUUGGCAACAUCAAGACAGUCUAGUAGUGUAGAUUCAUCUGCUUGUACAGAAAAAUUGACAAGAUCGUCGUCACAAAAUGUUUCAAGUGUAAAACAAUUACCUUCAGUAUCAACUUCUUUGUCUGGAGCUAGUACUUCUUUUCAGACCAGGACUGGCACUGCCCCGAAACCCAUAGCCAAACCUACCAGUUUGAGUCUGUAUCGUCCCCUCGAAAAUGGUGGGAUCGGUUACAGUCUGAACGCCUCAAAACAUUUUAAAGAAGGGGAUAAAAAAGCGAAAAAAGGUGACAAAGAAGAUUUAAAUUCGAAAUUUAAGCAAAAGACAAGACGUUGGUACUCAGCUGAUCAAGAGCCAGAGUAUUUUACAGAAAAUGAAACACCGGAACAAACCCAACAUAAGACUGAGUCUGAAAGUCACAAAGGAACUUUUAAUAAAAGUAAUAGUCUAGAAGAGGGCCAACAGAAGAGAGUUCUUGAUAGAAGAGGUGCAUUCAAGUUUAAUAAAAGCAAAUUAAAAGGUGGCAGUCAGCAACGAUGUAACACUAAAAAAGAAAAGGAUAAAAUGCAGAAAAGAAAACGUAAAAAGAUCAAUCGUUAUAUUGGACAUUUGGGGAGUAGCAAUGAGGGAAGCGAUGAAAGUGAAGGCUUCGAAAGUUCGGGCCGCGAACAGAAAGGAACUUUAAAUCGACUGAGUAAUAGUUUCAAUCUUGGUUUACUUGGACUAGGGCUCGGCGCAACUCGUUCAAGCCAGAAAGAUGAGAAAAAGAAAAAGUCUAGUAAGAAGAAAAAAGAGGAUAAUGAAAAUAGUUGGUCUUUUAAAAGAAGGAAGCCAAAACGUAGCAAAAGUGAAGGAUCGAAUAGCAGUGACGGCACAGACACAGACGAGAGUUCGGCAACUACUUCAGAAAGUGGCUAUCAUAAAAGAAAAAAAGGUGGUAUAGAUCAAGCUCUCAGAAAUACUGCCAUAAGAUCGGUAACAGAAAUGAUAACUGCAAUACAAGCAAUAGAGCUCCCGACUGUAACGCCAUUUGAUAGGAGGGAAGCGGUUCACAGAUCCGAGAGCAUGACUGAAAGAGAAGAGAUCAUUGUGGUUGUCGUACGAUAA